AUGGGGGAGAUUGAAGGAACAUACAGAGUUUUGCAGACCACAGGGACACGCCUAGGGGCUCAGACCCCUGCUGGAGUGAGCACAUUGGAAUCUGGGCAAGGCCUGCUGGCAGCCAUGACUCGGGCACAGGAGAAGUACCUCCACAUCAGGGUGAAGCUGCUUGACGGCACCGUGGAAGCCUUCGAUGUAGAGCCUAAAUGCAGUGGCCAGCUGCUUCUGACGCAAGUGUGGACACGCCUAAACUUGAUAGAGUCUGACUACUUCGGGCUGGAGUUCCUGAAUGUCCAGUCCUGCUGGAUCUGGCUUGAACCUAUGAAGCCCAUUGUUCGGCAAGUAAGGAGGCCAAAGAAUGCAUUGCUUCGCCUGUCUGUAAAGUUUUUCCCACCGGACCCAGGUCAACUGCAAGAAGAAUACACAAGGUACCUGUUUGCCCUGCAGCUCAAGAGGGACUUGCUAGAAGGGCAGCUGACUUGCAGCAACACCACGGCAGCUCUCCUCGCAUCCCAUCUCCUGCAGUCGGAAAUAGGUGACUAUGAUGAAGUUCUUGACAGAGAGCACCUCAAAGUCAACCAGUACCUGCCUGACCAGGCACACUCCCUGGAGAAGGUGCUGGAAUUCCAUCAGAAGCACACGGGCCAGACACCAGCUGAGUCCGAUUUCCAAGUGCUUGAAAUUGCUCGGAAGUUGGAGAUGUAUGGCAUCAGGUUUCAUGUGGCUUCUGACAGGGAGGGGACCAAGAUUAACCUGGCCGUGUCCCACAUGGGUGUCCUUGUGUUUCAGGGCACCACCAAAAUUAAUACUUUCAAUUGGUCUAAGGUCCGUAAACUAAGCUUCAAGAGGAAGAGAUUCCUUAUUAAACUCCACCCAGAGGUCCAUGGCCCUUACCAGGAUACCUUGGAAUUUUUGUUAGGCAGUAGAGAUGAAUGUAAAAAUUUCUGGAAGAUUUGUGUGGAAUAUCACACCUUUUUUAGACUUUUUGAUCAACCUAAGCCAAAAGCUAAAGCAGUCUUCUUCAGCCGGGGCUCUUCCUUCCGAUACAGUGGAAGAACUCAAAAACAACUGGUAGACUAUGUGAAAGACAGUGGUGUGAAGAAAAUUCCGUAUGAAAGAAGGCACAGCAGGACACGGCUGUCUACCCGAGCUCUGACUACAGAUGUACCCAGACAGAGCAUUUCUUUCACCGAGGGCAUGAGGACGCCUGCCUCCCUGUCUUCAGCAAACGCCUCCUUCUACUCUGUGCCUACCUCCCUGGUGGCCCAACCUGGCCUCCCAAGUUCUAUGGACAGCAGCUGUUCCCUUCGGGACCCCCACGUGCUCCUUGCCAGGAGUGGAGCUACAGACAGGAGCAGUGCAGGCUCUACUGGAGGUUCCGACACGGCUUGGCCCCCUGGGCCCCCAGCCCCCCAGGCCUGCCCAGGUCUUUCCAUGGAGACGCCUCAGCCUUCUCCCUGCACCCACAAGAACCCACUGGGCCCCUACUCUGCGUUUCAGGUGAAUCUGAACCCAGGUGAGCAGGGCCCAUCUCCCCUCUUGAGCCCUGCCCUCAGUGACACAGGAGCCAGGACAGAUGAUGAAGAGGAGACAGCACACAAGUGCGCACCCACAGACCAGGCGUACUUCAUAGCAAAGGAGAUCCUGGCCACAGAACAGACCUACCUCAAGGACUUGGAGGUCCUCACUGUGUGGUUCCGCAGCAUGGUGGUGAAGGAGGACGCCAUGCCCCAGGACCUGCAGACUCUGCUCUUCUCCAGCAUCGACCCCGUCUACGAGUUCCACCGUGGCUUCCUGCGAGAGUUGGAGCAGAGGCUAACGCUCUGGGAGGGGCCUUCUGGUGCCCACACACGCAGCGGCCACCUCAAGAUUGGGGAUAUUCUCCUCAGGAACAUGCGGCAACUACAGGAAUUCACCAGCUGCUUUCAGAAGCAUGACGAAGUGCUGACCGAGCUGGACAAGGCCACCAAGUGCUCCAAGAAGCUGGAGGCCUUAUACAAGGAGUUUGAGCUUCAGAAAGUCUGCUACCUGCCUCUCAACUCGUUUCUUCUGAAGCCCACGCAGCGACUGGCCCACUACCGGCUGCUGCUGGCUCGCUUGUGUGCACAUCUCCCACCUGGUCACCCCGACCUCCUUGACUGCCAGGAUGCACUGACGGCUACCACAGAGGUGACCUCCGCACUCCAGCACAGCCUCAUCCGCCUGGAGAACUUGCAGAAGCUGAGGGAGCUGCAGCGGGACUUGGUUGGCAUUGAGGGCCUCGUGGUGCCCGGGAGGGAGUUUAUCCGUGAGGGCUGCCUGUGCAAGCUCACCAAGAAGGGGCUCCAGCAGAGGAUGUUCUUCUUGUUCUCCGACAUGCUCCUGUACACGAGCCGGGGCAGCGCUGGGACCAGCCGCUUCCGCAUCCGGGGCCUGCUUCCCCUGCAAGGAAUGCUGGUGGAGGAGAGUGAGAAUGAGUGGUCAGUCCCGCACUGUUUCACUAUCUACGCUGCUCAGAAGACCAUUGUGGUGGCCGCCAGCACCCGCACGGAGAUGGACAAGUGGCUAGGUGACCUUGACACAGCAAUCGAGGCAGCCAAGAAAGGCAGUCCAGGCCCUGCAGUCCUGGCUAGCCCUGCACAUGCCCACAGCCCUGGGUCUUCUGACAAAGCUUCCCCAGAGAAGGACUCAGAGGACGAGUCCAGGGGCGCCCCUGACUGCCUGGAAGGGCCGGGCCAGCGCCGCACCAACACCACUCUGCAUGUGUGCUGGUACCGCAACACGAGUGUGUCCCGGGCCGACCUCAGCGCUGCGGUCGAGAACCAGCUUUCUGGAUACCUGCUGAGAAAGUUCAAGAACAGUAAUGGCUGGCAAAAGCUCUGGGUGGUCUUCACCAACUUCUGCCUGUUCUUCUAUAAGACCCAUCAGGACGACUACCCCCUGGCCAGCCUGCCGUUGCUGGGCUACAGGGUCAGCAUCCCCACAGAAGCUGACGGGAUCCACAAGGAACAUGUCUUCAAGCUGCAGUUCAAGUCCCAUGUCUACUUCUUCCGCGCAGAGAGCAAGUACACCUUUGAGAGGUGGAUGGAGGUGAUCUCCAGGGCUGGCAACACAUCCGCAAAGACCUCCCCAAGGCCGGACAAGACCCAAGAGGGACAGCAAGAGUGGUGA